CCAGCCCUUAGCAACCGGGGUUUACUGUCUCCAUCGCUGAACUUGUCCAUGUGGCUGGACACUUUUCAUAUAGAGUCAGGCAGCUGACCCUUUCCAGGGACAAUGAUUUCCGGAGAAUGGCGCACGCAGUACAUCGUGUCUACGAACGCGAGCAUGACAGAUGAAGGUGGCCCCCUCAGAGUGUACGUCCGUGAAUUCACCUGUGACUCCAAAUGCGAGGCAGUCACCGUCAGUUUUUAUGUCAAGACACCUGAAUGCCAGCUGUUGUCAGUAGUAGGAACCCUGACAAGCGACGAUAUCUACACAACAGACUUCUCGGGCCAAAAUUAUUUCCAAUUCCUUCACGUAUCCAAGGACUUUAUGGUUAUAUACAUUAAGAAUGUGAACGGUGAUAGUGUUACAGAAAUAAUGGAAGCUUUUGCACGGAAGCAGGAGACCCUUACGGAUCAACAGGUUGAUGCCUACUACAGAAUGAGUGAAAGAAGGGGUAUUUCACCGCAAAACGCCCAGUACAUCCCCCCUAAUGACAUCUGCCCUCAAUAAGAGCAUCAGUUUGCUUGAAGACGGUGGCACCAUCGGUAAGAGAAACACAAACAUCUCCAGGCCCCCGGCUCAUCAACACGAAGAUAAAAUUGUCUUUUCCUCUAAAUCAUAGUUUCCACUGCAUGGGCAGAGACCAUGCUUUUCCU